AACCUGAUUCAGGGUGAACAAAUCCUGGAGGAACUUCUCCAAUUAGCCCAGCGUGGCGUCGCCGUCCGAAUUGCCGUCAGCCGCCCGUCUUCAAAAUCGCCCCUGAACGAUCUCCAAGUGCUGGAGCGGAGUGGUGCCGCGGUGCGCGUCGUUGAUAUGCCGCAGCUCACCGGUGGCGUGCUGCACACCAAGUUUUGGCUCGUUGACGGCACCCACCUCUACAUUGGGAGCGCCAACAUGGACUGGAGGUCGUUGACCCAGGUGAAGGAGCUUGGCGCCGCUGUCUACAACUGCAGCUGCUUGGCCAAAGAUUUAGGCAAAAUUUUUGAAGCUUAUUGGGCUCUUGGCGUUCCCGGCGCUUCCAUUCCGGUACCGUGGCCGGCAAAUUAUUCCACCACCUUCAACAUGGAGACGCCGUUGGAGUUGAAGCUCAAUGACACCGAUGCCGCUGUCUACUUCUCGAGCUCCCCGCCGCCUCUCUGUGCCGCCGGUCGGACCCAAGAUCUUGGCGCCCUCCUCAGCGUCAUCGAUGCUGCCGAGGACUUCAUCGACAUCGCGGUGAUGAGCUACCUACCCACCACCGAAUUCUCCCACCCCCAAAGAUUUUGGCCGGCGAUCGAUAACCGGCUGCGGAAAGCCAUCUUUGAACGCCGGGUCAAGGUUCGGCUGUUGGCGGGUUGUUGGCGGCACAGCCAAGUGACCAUGUUCCCCUUCCUCAAAUCCCUCGCCGCCGUCGCCGACAAUCGGACCCGCUACAGCGGGGAGGGGGGACCCGUGAUGGGGGGCGCCGGGGACACGGGGCGCCAGAGACCCCCAGCAUCCAGGGACCUGGGGGACACAAAGCACCCAAGGGACUCCGAGCACCCGGUGUCCCAGAGCACCCGUGCCCAGGAGCUCCUGGUUCCCACGCCAGCGCCCCCCACCCCGUGGCCGUACCUCGGUGUGGGGUGA